ACUACAAAAUGGCGCAUUACUGUCUGACUGUCACCAGGCUCCGGCUGGUUCUGGGAACCGGAGCAAGGCGGCUUCAUGUCUCCGCAGCCUUCAGCGCCAAGGCCAAGGUGGCCAUGAGCCGCUUCGAGCCGGGAUCUAGUAUUAAUUAUGAGAAGAUGCGUGAGAACAUCGACAUCGUACGCAGGAGGCUCAACAGGCCUCUCACUCUGUCAGAAAAGAUUGUAUAUGGUCACCUGGACGAUCCAGCAGGACAGGAGAUUGAGCGCGGGCGCACUUACCUGCGCCUGCGUCCGGACCGUGUGGCCAUGCAGGAUGCCACGGCCCAGAUGGCCAUGCUUCAGUUCAUUAGCAGCGGUCUGGCCAAGGUGGCCGUUCCCUCCACCAUCCACUGCGAUCACCUGAUCGAAGCGCAGAUCGGGGGGGCUGAGGAUCUGCAGAGGGCAAAGGAGGUGAACGAGGAAGUUUACAACUUUCUUGCAACUGCUGCUGCAAAGUAUGGAGUGGGUUUCUGGAAACCAGGCUCAGGGAUCAUCCACCAGAUCAUCUUGGAGAAUUAUGCUUAUCCUGGAGUGAUGCUGAUCGGUACCGACUCCCACACCCCCAAUGGAGGUGGUUUGGGCAGCGUUUGUAUUGGAGUCGGAGGAGCUGAUGCUGUGGAUGUCAUGGCUGGAAUCCCUUGGGAGCUCAAGUGCCCAAACGUGAUAGGAGUGAGACUGACAGGAAGUCUGUCCGGCUGGACCUCUCCCAAGGAUGUCAUCCUGAAAGUAGCCGGGAUCCUGACUGUGAAAGGUGGAACAGGGGCCAUCGUGGAGUAUUAUGGGCCUGGAGUGGACUCAGUCUCCUGUACUGGAAUGGCCACUAUCUGUAACAUGGGCGCUGAAAUUGGAGCCACCACAUCCAUUUUCCCAUACAACCACCGCAUGAAGACAUACAUGGAGAAAACUGGCCGUGGAGAUAUCGCUGCAGUGGCUGACCAGUUCAAAGAAGACUUGGUGCCAGACGAAGGCUGUGAAUAUGACCAGGUCAUUGAGAUCAACCUGAGUGAGCUGAAGCCGCACAUCAACGGACCGUUCACCCCCGACCUGGCUCAUCCCGUCUCUGAGAUCGGUCGCAUCGCCGAGAAGAGCGGCUGGCCCCUGGAGGUGAAAGUUGGUUUAAUCGGCAGCUGCACCAACUCCAGCUACGAGGACAUGGGCAGAGCGGCCUCUCUGGCCAAGCAGGCUCUGGAUAAAGGCCUCAAGUGCAAGGCCCAGUUCACGGUCACACCUGGUUCUGAACAAAUCCGCGCCACGAUUGAGAGGGACGGAUAUGCCAAGAUCCUGAACGAUGUUGGAGGAAUCGUGCUGGCUAACGCCUGCGGGCCCUGCAUCGGACAGUGGGACAGGAAAGAUGUGAAAAAAGGAGAGAAGAAUACAAUCGUGACAUCUUUCAACAGGAACUUCACUUCCAGGAACGAUGCUAACCCAGCGACGCACGCUUUCGUCACCUCUCCUGAGAUUGUCACAGCCAUGGCUCUUGCCGGGACCCUCGACUUCAACCCUGAGACCGACUACCUGACGGCUCCCAGUGGAGAGAAGUUUAAGCUGGACCCUCCCAGCGGGGACGAACUCCCCUCCAGGGACUUCGACCCGGGCCAGGACACGUACCAGCACCCCCCUGAAGAGAGCGGCGCCGUCAAGGUCGACGUGAGCCCCUCCAGUAACCGCCUGCAGCUGCUGGAGCCCUUCGACAAGUGGCACGGAAAAGACCUGGAGGACAUGAGGGUCCUCAUCAAGGUGAAAGGAAAGUGCACCACUGAUCACAUCAGUGCCGCCGGACCCUGGCUGAAGUACCGCGGCCACCUGGACAACAUCUCCAACAAUCUGCUGAUCGGUGCCGUCAACAUGGAGAACGACUCCGUCAACAAGGUGAAGAACCUGCUGACGGGGGAGUAUGCAGGCGUGCCCGAUGUGGCCCGAUUCUACAAGGCCAACGGAGUGAACUGGGUGGUGGUUGGAGACGAGAACUACGGAGAGGGAUCCAGUCGGGAGCACGCUGCCCUGGAGCCGCGGCACCUGGGAGGACGCGCCAUCAUCGUCAAGAGCUUUGCCAGAAUCCACGAGACUAAUCUGAAGAAGCAGGGCCUGCUGCCUCUGACGUUUGCUGACCCAAGUGACUACGAGAAGAUUCGUCCCGACGAUAAGAUCUCAAUCGCUGGACUGAAAUCUUUGGGCCCCGGCAAGCCGCUCGCAGCUGUGAUCAAACACAGCGAUGGAAGUCAGGAGUCCAUCUCUCUGAACCACACCUUCAACGAGACGCAGAUCGGCUGGUUCAAGGCCGGCUCCGCCCUCAACAGGAUGAAGGAGCUGCAGUAGCUGCUCGUGUGCGGAGGGAGGGAGGGGGGGGCAUUGACGGUGCAGGUUCAGAACGGGGGGAGACACGUACGCGGAAGUGGGUGCCGCUUUUGCAAAGAGGAGGAGACCAUGUGAACACUGGAGGGAAACCAGACUGGGUUUAGGUUCAGCUGUAGCAAAGGUCAGUUAAAGAGGGAGAAAAAAAACCACACGCACAUCCGAACGAGGUCGCUGUACAGAUGGAAAGCGCACACACAGACUCGAGCACAUACAUGCAGAGACAGGAUGACUGGGAAAGCACUCUCGGUCCACAGUUACACAAAUGCACUCAAACAAUCCCACGUAACUGAAGCGUAGCCGUGUGAGUGUGUGUGAGCGUCGGCCGCAGGCAGCGUUGGUCGUGUCUGCGGCAGCUCCACGUCAGAGUCGUUAAACUCAUCUGCUCAUAGUUGAUCUCAGUUGACCCGUUCAUGCACUGACGUUUAUCUUCUGCAACCAAUAUGACUGUGAUCUGUUAUUUACUCCUGCAUGUCCAAGAAGUUCUUGAUCUCCUCCACCGUAACUCAUCAAUAUACCGUACACACUUUAUUCUGGCUGUGAAAUAACAACGUUAGACGCAGGGUAUUUUUAAAAGAAAAAAAAUAAGGUCAAGCUUUAAUGUCUACUCCCAGAUAACUUUUGUGCUCGUGUACCUCAUUGUGUAUGUUCAUGUCCGUAACGUCUACACACAUGGUUCAACACGCUAACUGGGCUUUUUAAAAAGUCAUUGAUCCUGUUUUGUUUCAUUAUCCCUCAACUCCAGGUGUAAAGACAUCUGAUUGGUCGUUAUUUUCCGUUCUCUGAUGGCGGCGUCGUUGAUGGUGCCUCAUUGUAAAAAAAGAAACUGUUGAACACUGUAAAUAUCUGUCAGCUUUGUUUAUGGAGUGAUCCCUUCUAAGUUAGGUCGUGCCGUGAAACAAGCAAACUAGCAGGCUCACGUGUUUACCGAAACUCUGCCGGCUGCAGCUCUGCCCUCACCAGCCCCAGAGCUCGUGUUCUCUCACACUUCCCUUUCAGAGCAUGCUCGCAGCUCAGCCAACACUUUAAUCCCUCCAAACUCCCUGCAGCCAUGCUUGUGCUCACUCGUGCUGCUGCUUUGCACAAUAUUAUCACUCCGUCCUGUCAAAGUUCUGUGUGUUCCCUCUCAGGCCGGGACAGCAAACCACGUCUCGUUUGUGUGUGAGAUGCAGGUUGGGGUCUGCGGUCGUUUGCAUUUGCUUCGACAAAGUUGGCUCAUUCAGUCCAGGAUAUUGAUGCCUAUUGAUGAAAGAGGUUGUUUUUCGGUAAUGCUCAAGUCAGUUUAGGACAUUAACUUAGGAGAACCUCGGCGUCCUUAGAUAGACGCAGUGACUGUGUCCAGACAAAGUUGUGCUCCAGCUUCACGGAUCAGUUAGCUGUCCAGUUUAGACUUUGUCUCCGUGAGUCCCAGUUUCUCGUCUGGACCUUCCAGUGUCUGAAAUGUCUUUUUCUGUUAUGGGAGAUGAUGGCUCGUGUUUCUCUUUAAAAUGAAUGUUUUUUUGUUUUCCUGUGUUGAGGUUUGGUCCUCCACAGUGUAGGAUGGCCAUCUCUCCUUUUCCACAAACUAACGCACAAUCUAGUGUCCAGAUGUCUGCACACUGGACCUUUCUAAAGGUAGGGCAGUAGAUUUAGGCGUGCUUUGGCCUACCGUGUUGAUUUUUUUUUUUUUGUGUCUGCGCGUUUAUAGUGACUGUGAGACUCUAUAACUGAAAACAGUAGAAAAACUCAGAUAAAUGAUUAUACUGUGUUUAUUACGUAGUUUUAGCCCAAACGAUGUAGCCGACGCUGCACCUGAACAACUGUUUCUGAGCGUCUGAGAAUGUUGGAGCUACUUCGGCUGUUCGAUCUGAGAAAACUGUUGUUCCCUUGUAUUAAAUUAUCACCGUUAUCUGGAAAAGACUCACCUCGUUUUUAUAGUUGCGAAAGUAAAAAUCAGGCCCAGCAGGAUAAAUGGCCGAGUCACGUACAAGUGGGUUUGUAAAUGAUAAGAUGUAUAGCUUUAUUUGUACAGGGUUGUGUACAUAAGUGAUAAAUAACUAUAUACAGAUAUAUAAAUAACAUGUUAUAUUACAGAUACAUGUACACAGAGAGAGAGAGAGGAACGUGCUGAAUGCUGCUUGUUUGAAUGUGAGCUGUUAAGUUAUUGUGCAACUUCUGAUGAAGCUGGAUGUGUGAGACAAAAUAUCUGUCGUAUAUAUUACUGUACUGCAGAUAUGUGGUUGCGAGACAUUUAUUCUUUUUGGGAAAGCUGCUCUCGAUGGUUAGUGAAUUGUUUUUUAUUUUUAUAGCUUGUAUGACUGUAAGCAGAAGCAGCACAACUUUAAGGACCUAUUGGAUGUUACCGACUCCUCACACAUGCUCUGAAAAAUGUCUGAAACGUGUUUGUUGCCAGGAUUCCUGUCAUGUCCAUGAUCUGAAUAUAUCCGUCCAACCACAAGGAUUUAAUUACCAGUAUGCUGUACGUUGUCUCUGUGCUCACAUACUCUGGGAUCAAUAUUAUUUUUAAAUGUGGAUGUCCCUCGGCUUGUACUCUGAUGUGAGAUGAUGCUUUGUGGUUCACUGAGUCAAGCUUUUCCACUUUCAACGCACAACUGUAAAAUAACUAAUCAAAUGAAGGUUUUCAUGAUGGCAUCGUUGCGUUUUGUUCUCAGGUUUGCGCUUGUUUAUUCGGGCUCCUAGUUGUGUCUUUGACUUCAUUUGUUCAGUGGCAGUAAAUGAAAGUGUAAUCUCAUCAGAUUCCAUUAAUAGUGAUGAUUUUUCCUCACCGUCCUUCAGCAGUAAACAUGAUUUUUGUAAAUGUAGCUUUCUCUUUUUAUAGCUCCAAGCAUCAGUAUUUUGACUGUACAAUGUAUCUAAUAAAGAGGACAUUAUUAAGCAAA